AUGGCGCCCUCAACCCCCACGCCACGCCGCUUCGCGAUGAUCCGCAGCUUUCAUCUUGCCGACUUCAUCACACUGGGCAAUGCCGCCUGCGGCGUUUUGUCUGUGUUCCUGGCGAUGAUGUACAUGGCCAGCGGCUCGCUUACGCACUUUCUGCUGUCGGCCGCAAUGACACCGCUGGCCUUCGUCUUCGACGUCUUCGACGGGAAGGUGGCGCGCUGGCGUCACCAGCAUUCGCCGCUGGGCCGGGAGCUCGAUUCGCUGGCCGACGUCAUCUCCUUCGGCGUCGGCCCGGCAGCGCUGGGCUUUGCCGCGGGGCUGCAGAGCGGUUGGGACAUCGUCAUCCUGUGCUACUUCGUCUGCUGCGGCGUCAGCCGGUUGGCGCGCUUCAACGUCACGGCCGAACACCUGACCACCGACUCGGGCAAGGUGGCCUACUUUGAAGGCACGCCGAUCCCCACCAGCGUGAUCCUCACUGCAUUGCUGUCAUGGGCCGCCUGGCAGGGAGCGCUGGGAGCGCAACUGUGGGGAGGAGUAUGGCAACUUGGGCCCUGGCAGUUGCACCCCAUGAGCCUGCUGUUCGCGCUGUCGGGCACGGCCAUGAUCAGCAAGACCGUGCGCAUCCCCAAGUUCUGA